AUGCAGUACUCAGAGGCUGAAUAUCCAUUCUUCAGUUCAAAAUCUAGCCGGUUGCUCAGUUUCGAAAAUUGGCCUCUCGUUAUGCGACAGAAACCUGAAGAUCUUGCAGAAGCCGGUUUCUUUUAUACUGGCCAUGCAGACAGGACCAAGUGUUUCCAUUGUGUUGGUGGUUUAAAAGAUAGGGAAAUUGAUGAUGAUCCUUGGCAGCAGCAUGUUCAGUGGUUUAGUCAGUGUGCUUAUGUAAAAUUUAAACUCGAACAGAGUUUUGUAUUAGAUUAA